AUGAAGCAGGGCAGCGGAGGCCUCCAUCCGCUUGGUGACAAGGCCGGCGGACGCACUUGGAAGAGCACCAGAAUCGGGUCGCAGGACUGCUCCCUCGAGGAACGGAAUCUCGACCAAAAUGGAACUACAGACGCCCAAGGCGAGGGUAGCAUUACCUUGGGCUCGUCGGUGGAGUACCGAACCUACAAGCGGCGAUGGUUUGGUCUCGUCACGUUGGCCCUUAUGAAUAUUGUCGUUUCUUGGGAUUGGCUCACCUUUGCACCGGUCGCAGACCUCUCGGCGCAAUACUAUGGAGUUUCCAAGUCUGCCAUUAACUGGGUCAGCACGGCAUUCUUCCUGGCCUUUGUCUUCAUCUUCCCAGUCACCAUUGCCAUGCUGCAUCGCGGGCCGAAGCCGGCCCUCAUGGGUUCUGCCGUCCUUCUCAUCAUCGGAAACUGGAUUCGCUAUGGCGGCUCGUACAGCUCGUCCGGCGGUCGCUACGGCGCCGUUAUGGCAGGCGAGAUCAUCAUUGGUUUCGCGCAGCCAUUCAUCCUGGCGGCUCCCACCCGCUAUUCCGACAUGUGGUUCACCAGCCGGGGCCGUGUUGCUGCCACAGCCUUGGCAAGCCUGGCCAACCCCUUGGGUGGUGCCUUGGGACAGUUGAUCAACCCUCUCUGGGCCAAGGAAACGAGCGAUAUUUCCAGCAUGGUUCUUUACGUCUCCAUCAUUUCGACUGUUUGCGCCAUUCCUGCCUUUUUUGUACCAGCCGCUCCGCUGACUCCUGUAGGGCCAUCGUCGGCGACCCCGAAGCUGCAUCUCAAAGAAUCCUUCAAGGUUCUUUCCCAUUCGCUCGAGCUGUGGCUUGUGCUGAUUCCAUUCUUCGUCUACGUUGGUCUCUUCAACUGCAUCUCCUCACUUCUCAAUCAGAUGAUGGUCCCAUACGGCAUAAGCGAUGACGAAGCAGGCAUCGGCGGCGCCAUUCUCAUUGUGGCCGGCCUGGUCUUUUCGGCAAUCACCUCGCCUAUUCUGGACAAGACGAAGAGAUUCUCCUUUGCCCUCAAAGCCUUCAUUCCCAUCAUUGCCGUUUGCUACCUUGCCUUUGUGUGGAUGCCUGAAACCCGUGGUGUUGCUGGUCCCUACGCAGUCCUGGGGCUUAUCGGAGCCGCCUCGUUUGCCCUAGUACCAGUCGCCCUCGAGUUUCUCGCAGAACUCGGGCACCCUCUUAGCCCGGAAGUCACGUCCACCACGGCGUGGGCCGGUGGUCAGCUCCUCGGCGCCAUUUUCACCAUCGUCGGCGACGCCCUGAAGGGCGGCGAAGAGGCCGACCCGCCGGGGAACAUGAAGAAGACCAUGUUGUUCCAGGCCGUCGUUGGCCUGGUUGUCUGCCCGCUGCCGCUUUUCCUGGGGCGGUUCGGUCGCCAAGACAAGGUGGUCCUAAAGCGACUUUGUUCCGACCAGCGAGGAGGCGGCGCGUGGUCGAAUCUCGAGGCCUCGGCUCAGGGGCGGGAAGGCGAAAGGAGAUGGCCAGAGACAUGA